AUGUCUCGUUUCCAUCCACCGUCCGGGUUUAACUCCCGCGACCGUUCUCCCCCACAACGCUUUGGUGACCGACGACCUCCAGCUGGGCCACGAGGCUCAGACGAUACCAGCCCUCCAUUCGGCAGAGAACCUCCUCGUGGUCCACGCGCACUUGUUGAUUCACCUCGCGGCUUUGGUGGCCGUGGCCGUGGAUAUGGUCGUGGGGAGUUUCGAGACCGCGAUCGAGACCGCGACCCGCGAGACCGUGAUCGUGAAUUCCGUGACUCUCGCGACGGGCCUCCAUUCCGUCGCGACAUAGACCGAGAUUGGAAUCGACGAGAUCGUGAUUUUGACUCCCGUGAUAAUCGCAUGGGGUUUGGCCGAGGCCGCUCUCGAUCCCCCACUCGUGAUUUCCGCGACAUAAGAGACGCCCCGAGCCGCGAUUUCGACCCUCGCAUGCGACGCAACUCUCGUGACAGCAUAUUAUCGGCUUCAUCGGGUGGUCCAGAUGGUCCGCCUUCGGCUGGUCCUCAUCCACGAGGAGGUUCUAUGCGCGGCCGUGGGCGUGGUGACUGGGAGGGUGGUCGAGGCCGAGGGCGUCCACCGUUCCUCGAUGACCGAGAUUCAUUCCGACGACGCAGUCGAUCUCGCGAUGCAUGGCGAGACCGAGGCAGAGAUCGUGUACCGCUAGACCGGGACAGAGACCGGGACCGUGACAUGGACCGAGAUCGUCUGAUGGAUCGAGACCGUCCGUCAGACCGCGAUCGAGAUCGAGAUAUUUUACGGGAUAGAGACCGGGAGCGUGACCUAGAACGCCGAGAGCGAUUAUUCGAUCGACGGGACGACUGGGAUUCUCGACGGACCGACCGAGAAGAGCGCGAUCGUCCAUUUGAGCCUUGGAAAAGAGAUCACCCUCCGAACCGUGCCGACCCCCGUGGCCCUACGGGACCACCCUCGGCACCUUUCUCAUCUACAAGCUCAUCUGCCGUUGUCACCGAUCGUCCAUCUGACCAACCUGCCGCAGAUCAGUCUCGGAAAGCGUCAACAAUCUCAAAUGCCAUAGGCCCCGAAAGUCGACGAGAUAGCGAACGAUCAGAGCCUGCUUUCCUUCGACCCGAACCGCCAAAGGAAUCGGGAAUCACGAACCAGAACUCACCGCCCCCAUCGGCUCCUCAAGUUCCUGCAUUUGGCUCUGUUUCUGCUCCUAUUCCGUCCCUGGCGCAAGUCAAAGAAGCGCAAGGGCCCCGCGCCUCAAGUGAUGCACCCGCCCAAACUGACAAAGCUGCCCCCGAAAGGCCCUCGCAGCCCCAUGUGCAGCCUCCGACAGGCCCCAAAGCAGACCGGUUGGAAUCUGCACAGUCGUCUGACCUUCGUGCCAACAAAUCGAAUAGUCGAAGCCCUAAGGAUGAAACACUACCAACCCUUCGUGCUCAGAUCUCUGAACGAUCCCCUCCGACUGCGCCCAUCGCUAUGAUCAGGCGAGAGUCUACUGCUGGAGCAAACGAUAUAAACACGCCUGUUGCGAGGUCGACCUCUCUGAAUGCGUCUCCUACCUUUUCUCGACCUCCACCCUCCGCCCCGCGCGCCCAUUCACGGGAACCAUCCAUCUCGCCUCGGAUGCAGCCCUCGAAUGCCCCGGUCGGCUCACGUGCACCGCACCCACGAUUAGGCUCAUCGCCGCGUGGAACAAGUAGAGGUAACAAGCCCUGGACGCCGCCAAGUUUCAGUCGUGCUCCUUCUGUGUCGACCAUUCCGGUCAAGAAGGAAAACGAUGAUCCUGAAGAACGCAUUAUGCCUAGCGAGAAAGUAGCGACAGAGAAGGAACAUACGCCAAUGGGGGCCUUAGAUAGUGCAACGGAUGCCCCGAAUGUGUCUCCUGAACCACAAGAAGCUGCCGGUGUCACUAAGUCGCCCUUACCAUCCUUGACGGACCUCCCGAGUCGCGCUUCUCCUCCUUCUCAACCUGUCCCUGCAGAGAAACCCAUGGAACCUAGCCCAGAGACUCAUGAAGACUCAAAACGCGCCCCACGCAUUCUUGUGGAUUUCGGAUCGAGUGAUGAGGAGGACGAAAAUGAGGUCUUCACUCAGGAGUAUCUGGAAAAGCGCAAGCUCAGCUUUGAAAAGGAAAUGGAGCUUUUGCGAUCUGAACUCCCGCCUUCUCCCCUGGAGGACCAGACUAUUGUUGCCCUCCUCUUGAGAAUCCAACUCCUGGGCAGGAUCUCUCAGGUUGAGAAGCACCAGCCAGAUCCAGCUCCUGUUCCUGCUGUUGAAGAUACUGGCGCCACUGAUGUGCCCGGCAUCGACCGGGUGGUCACUUUCGCUACCGAAACAAUCGACGCUCAACCAGAGCCGAUUGCUCAAGGCGUCAUCCCACCCGUUGCGGAGCAUACUGAGAUUACAGUCGAAAACUUGCCGUUCUUGAACUCGGGCCCUCCGACUCCAAUUUCCGAAAUGGACGUGUUCCAUGAAAACAUAUCUACGCAAGAAAGCUUGAGGUCUGCUCUGUCGAGCGAACUCUCAAAGCGCCAGAAGGAGACUGCUGAGAAAAACUCACUCCUUCGCGAACGCUACAUGUCGUACUACAAGCCAUGGCGUUUAGCAGUCUGGGAACUAGAUCGAUCAAAGGACAAGCAUAUGACGCCCGGUCCGGCCUCUCCGCCGUCACCUGCCGCGCCUGUCGCCCCUGUGGUCUUGCCUGAAUCCCGCGAAGGUCGCGAGGGACGCAGAUACAAGGGGAACAGUGAGCUGGAUUUCCUCAAUGCGUUGAAAGCUUCCGAAAUAUCUGCUCAAGAGGAACUCGAGCGACGGAGGACCAAAAUGGCGACCGCACGCCCAGACUUGUCGCGCGAAGCUGUUAUCCCGGAUAUGCUUGAGCCACGGGAUCAGAAGGCCUACAUUUUCAAGGAUGUCAACAAUACUAUCGCUUGCGAGGAUGCAAAGGAUGUAUUCGGUUUCCUCCCACCACCCAACGAUUUCACGAAGGAAGAGCACGAGAUCUUCACGGAUGCAUUCAUGACAUAUCCCAAGAGAUGGGGUAAGAUUGCCGAAGCGUUGCCCAACCGAGAUUUCCGGCAGUGCAUUCUUCAUUAUUAUCUUACAAAGGAAGAGAUCAAGUACAAGGCGAAGUUGAACAAGCGAUGGAGCAAAGCGAAGAAAUCCCAGCGAUCUAGAACCACGCGGCCGAAAUCCCAUGCCCUUAUUGCGGAUCUGGGAGUGGUCAAGCCAGACGUGGACGGCGAGGACGACCCCGCGCCGGUCACUGACACAGGUCGUCCCCGCCGUGCUGCAGCACCCACCUUUGGUGACGGAGCCAACGAGACCGAGAGUCCUGCCAAUAGUCGUCGUGGCCAGUCAUCUCGAGAUGUUGGUGAGUCCGUUGACAAAACUGCUGCUCGGCGCGGCGCUCGAUCUGCGGGAACCCGUGGCGGCGCCCGUCGUGGCCGGGCUGCUCAACAGGAUCCAAGAUCGCAAGGGCAGCAGACUUCGCAGAGUAGCACCCCUAUGCCGCAAGACCCGAAGACCGAAGUUGGUGCAGACUUAGGGGUUGACUCGGGAUUACCCUCGGACAGAGAGAAGAGUGAGAAGGACUUGCAAACAACCCUUCCCCGAUCAAGAACCGGGCGAAGCGGAAGGCCCAAGGAUGCUAGCAUGCAAGGCUACAUUUUCGAAUCCACUGAAGUUGAUCCUCCUCUGGGGCUUAAGCAGACCGAAUCUGGUUACGGUUCCCAGCAACCCACGAGUUACUGGUCUGUUCCAGAGCAACGAGACUUCCCUCGACUUCUAGCACAUUUUGGCCGUGACUUUGAAGGAAUAUCUAAUUUCAUGAAGACGAAGACUACUGUCAUGAAAGACUUCGAAGAAACAAUGAUGCUUGCUGAAGAGAAAAAAGCUAGAGGUGAAGCAACAGGGCCCCUUCCUGUCCCCAGCGUUGCACUCAAGCGUCGUUAUGAGGCGACUCCAUCCACCAUCGUUCCUCGUCCCCUUGCACCUCAUGCUGAUUUACUAGGUGAUGUGGACGAGGCACGGUUUUCAUCAAAGAGCAAGGGAAUGGCCAUGUCUCCUCAGCCAAUGCCUCUCUCUGGUCGGUCGCUCCUGGAGAAUGACCGCAAUGCCAGCCGCUAUCCUCCGUUAGCACAGGCUUCGACUACCACAAGUGCAGGAUCGGUCACCGCCCCUCUUGGUGAAGACGGCUCUCGAGGAAUGCGAAAUUCCGCGCCAUCUCAUCGGAGGUCAGGUCCUCCAAUGGGCUUCUUCACUGAUGAACGUCGGGAUAGUCUGCUGCCGCAUACGGCUGGGCGUACUCAAGAUAUUCCUCUAUCUUCACGCCAUCCCUCCCUGGCUCCUGAACUGGCACGAAUGGAUCCGUUCAUGUCAAUUCAACAGCCGCCGUCUCUUUUGCCCUCGUCUCAUUCCCGGCAUCCCAGCCUUGCCCAAGCCCCUGGUUCACCAAAUCAAAUGUCGAGGCCCGAGGUUGAUAUCUCAUCAGUCCACCGGGAUCCAUUUAGUCAAAGAGGACAAUACUAUACGCUGCCUGGUCAAGCUGGCGGUCGCCCCCAGUCUCCUCGUCCGGUUCUAUCACCUGUCAAAGAUGCCCCGUCUCGUGCGAGUGCAACGCCUGCGCCUGAACCAACGCCUCGUCAUGUUCCUGCUAAGCGGUCCAACAUCAUGAGUAUUCUUAAUGACGAGCCUGAAGAGCCUCAACCCCCUCGGAAGAAAUAUGCUAAUGAAGCGGCGACUGCACUUGGCCCCAGUUCCAUUACUGCAUCACGCUCUGCUUAUCAACCGGGAGGCACGGGUCGGAUGGAUGAAACUUCAAUUCCCAGUGCCGUCAAAUCCUCAGGUUAUGGCCCGCAAAGCCAGUAUCCAAUGCAGUCUCGGGGUUACGCCGACUAUACUAGCAGCUACGGUCCUCCCGGAGGUGCGAGUGCCCUGGAAACAACGAUUGGAUGGCUCGAUUCGACCCUAGAGCGCAACAGACCGCCUCUCAAUCACAGUCUCAGCAAUCGCAAUCAUCACAACCAACCUGGUCAUUUGAACAACCUCUCUGUACCAUCUCCUGCCCCCACUCCUCCGCCAGCAUCCCAACGACCCUACUCGAACGUUUUCCCUCAGCCAGCCCCUGCUCAAGCUCCCGUGUCAUCGAGUUCCCGCGACGUUUCGGCCCAACCCGCGACGUACCGGCCAGUAUCUCCUCCCUCUCGGUCCGCCAGCGUUGCAUUCGGCUCUCGACAGGAACCACCCACGCCCGCUCAGUCCUCGGCGAGUUUGUACGGUAUCCCUCCCCGCCAGUCCAGUGCCCAGUCAUUUUCGCCCGCUGCACCCUCCACUGCGGCGCCCGCACAACACAGUCAAAGCUACCAGCAGCAUGUCCAAACACUGGUCAACGGAUCCCAUAAUUCACAUCGGUCGACCCCUGUCAGUUUGAGUGGUGGUCAUGCUUCUUAUGACCGUGGUACGCCCCCGCCUCAGACCGGGCGCUCAAUGCCACCUCUUGCAACGAUUGGACGUUCCUACACUCCGCCGUCUGCAAUGCAUCAUUCGGUGGCCGGUGGAAGUAUGGGAUAUGCACCGCCUCCUUCAGCACCACCAGGACCUAUCCCGGGACCUCUUCAUCGCCCCCCGGGAGCAUUGGCCCUUGGUGAUUCCGGCUCAUCGCCCGCCCACCACCGGGUUUACAGCCAAGGCUCGUCGCAAGGCGGAUUGCCGGGUUCGUUGCACCCGUCUUCCCAGGCACCUCGCUAG